CCCAAAGACCACAGCAUCGGGAUCUGCAGCAGCUUGCUCAUCUCCGGUCUUUACAUACAAACGAUACACCGUCUCACCUUCGUUCUACAUAUACAAUUCUCACAAUGGUUUCGCAAUCAAUAAUAUCGUUGCUCUGGAUAGCAGCGGCAGUAUCGCCCACCUCAGCUCUCCCUUCGCGGACGCACUGCCGGUGCACCAUCGUCGACAGCAGCUCCCCUUCCAUCAUGGUCUCUCAAAACCCGGAAAUGCUCUCCCCAUCCACAUCAAGAACUUCACCAUCAUCAAUACGCAACCACAAACGAUCCCCCUCCGGCGCAGACGUUUGCCGCGAUCUGGGCCCGGAACUCGAAAACUUCCGCUUCACAAAUCCAAAAGCGUAUGCCGACUUCAUCGCGCAUUCUUCAUCUACAGAAGUCUGGGUCGAUCCGUCAACGCCGCCGCCGUCAUCCUCACAGCCCGAAUCGUCAACAACGGAAUCGUCGUCGCCCACCGAAGAGCAAGUGCCGCUUUCUACAACCGUCCUCUUGCAGCUGGCAUCGAGGAAAGGCUUGACUGGACUGGGCGUCGUGGAUUCCAGCAAACAGCAAUUCCUACAGUCCGCACCCAGGAUCCGCUGCACCACAGAGGAAGUCGAGGAUUUCAAGGCAUAUCAGGAUAGCGUGUACACGCUCCUCGCGCUGCAAAUUAUCGUCGCUUUCACCGUCCUUGCUUGCAUCGUCGAGGGAUUCGUCUUAAUCGCCCGAUGGUUCCGCAAAUCCCCUUACCCAGAUGCCGAAUGCGAAAACAACAACGAUAACGAUCCCUUCUCGCGCCUCGCCCUGCCCUCGCGCAGCAUCGCCGCAUCCAGGAAACCCGCCGCUGCCCUCCGCCUCUCGGGAGCCGAGAAGCGGCUCCGCGCUUUCCCCUCGUCGGAUCCCAUUUUCAGCCCCGGAGCAGACAAGAAGAUGCGCUCGUACCGCGCUUCUUCGCACAUGGUUGCUGCUGCGUUGUCGGCGUCGUCGUGGUCGCCUAGUCCCGUGGGGAGUGGCUGCAGCGAGAAGAAGGUCUUUGAGGCUUGGGUCGAUGAGGACGAUGAGAUGAAUCGGCCUGUCAUGUGA